AUGAGUCUGGCGGCGAUGGCGAGCGAUGCCGAGCUCCAGUGGGUGUCCCUGCGGCUCCGUGUGCGCUGGGCGGCCGCGCUGGUGCUGCUGCUGAGCUCCCUGGUGAUGCUGCUGCUGCCUCUGGACAACCAGUGCCACGCCGUGCUCAAGGGCCUGUCCCUGCUGAGGAAUAAACUGGGCUCCUCGGGAAUCAGCAGGCUCACGGGACAGAGCACGGAGCUGAGCGUCACCUCCAAGGGGCUGGAGCUGCUGGUGCUGAAGGGAAAAGCAUCCCCAGAGGUGAAGUUGGAAGCCAGAGCAGCUCUGAAUCAAGCCCUGGAGAUGAAGCGCCAAGGGAAGCGGGAGAAGGCUCACAAACUCUUCCUGUACGCCCUCAAAAUGGACCCGGAUUACGUGGAUGCCCUGAACGAGUUCGGGAUCUUCUCAGAAGAGGAAAAGGACAUCCUCCAGGCCGACUACCUGUACUCCAAAGCUCUGGCCAUCUCCCCCCACAACGAGAAGGCUCUGAGCAACCGCGGCCGGACGCUGCCCUUGGUGGAGGAGAUCGACCAGAGGUACUUCAGCAUCAUCGACAGCAAGGUCAAGAAGGUGAUGGCCAUUCCCAAAGGGAAUUCCGCCCUGCGCCGGGUGAUGGAGGAAUCCUACUACCACCACAUCUACCACACGGUGGCCAUCGAGGGGAACACGCUGACGCUCUCCGAGAUCCGGCACAUCAUCGAGACCAGGUACGCCGUUCCCGGGAAGAGCCUGGCGGAGCAGAACGAGGUGAUCGGCAUGCACGCGGCCCUCAAGUUCGUCAACACCACGCUGGUGUCGCGCAUCGGCUCCGUCACCAGCAGGGACAUCCUGGACAUCCACCGGCGCGUGCUGGGCUACGCCGACCCCGUGGAGGCCGGGCGCUUCCGCGCCACGCAGGUCUUCGUGGGCCACCACAUCCCGCCCCACCCGCAGGACGUGGAGAAGCAGAUGGAGGAGUUCGUGCAGUGGAUGAACUCGGAGGACGCCACGAGCCUGCACCCCGUGGAGUUCGCGGCGCUGGCGCACUACAAGCUGGUUUACAUCCACCCCUUCGUGGACGGCAACGGCCGCACCUCGCGGCUGCUGAUGAACCUGAUCCUGAUGCAGGCGGGGUAUCCGCCCAUCACCAUCCGCAAGGAGCAGCGCGCCGAGUAUUACCACGUGCUGGAGGUGGCCAACGAGGGCGACGUGCGGCCCUUCAUCCGCUUCAUCGCCAAGUGCGCCGAGACCACGCUGGACAUGCUGCUCAUCGCCACCACCGAGUACUCCGUGGGCCUGCCCGAGGCUGGGUGCAAACAAACCAUCCCCGUCAAGACUUGAGGGUUUUGGGCAAACUCCAGGACAUGGUGAAGACGUGGGAGAGCAGAACUCCGAGGCGGUCGGUGUUCCUGCUGGGAAAUGACUGGACAGGAGGUGUCGCUUGAGUGUUUUGUUUAUUUAAGUUUGAUUAAAUUAAUAUAAUUUAUUUAUA